ACUUCCUCUUAAGCUACCAUCAUGACAUGCACAUUGUGAGUGAAGGAUAUCUGUACCUGAAGACACUAAAUUUACGGUUACAUCUGCUAAGCACUAAAGCAACACCAUCCAAAUGUUCAACAAAACUAAAUCAACAUCACCUGUAAAGUUUUACAAUGAACUGCCAAAGUUGGAAGAGUUGUACACUGGAUACAUGCACAAGUCCCCUAACCUUACUGGUGUUACAAAAGGCAUGAAAGCAUGGAGGCGACGUUUCUUUGUACUUUCCAAGGAGGGUGAAGACAACUAUCACCUGGCAUACUACAGAGAUGAAAAGAGAGGCAAGCUUUCUGGAGAAAUAGAUCUUACUAAGGUCAGUUUGAUUUGUACUUCUCCUGAGAAACAUCAAAUAUGGGACUGGAUUCAGAAAACCUUCAAGUGUUCAUCUUCGUCUGUGCUGCUUCUGAGAGUGGAGGACGUCGUGCAAAAAUAUGCAAGAGACUAUUUCCUCGUUGGAGAAAACAGUGAGGAGGUAGAAAUCAUGCAUAAUGCAUUAUUGCAAGCUCUGAAUACCCUAACAUCAGAUAAUAAAGUGCGUGUGACAGAUGACAAUCUUCAACAGAACAGCAGAUGCCGAUCAAUAACUGUGCCUAUGCUCUGUCAAGAGCCGAAAGACAGAGCUGAUCGUCAGCUUUUUCGGCAGUCUGUACCUAUAUGUAUAUUCACUAACCAACCAAUGUCGAAUAGCCACUAUUGCGAGGCUUACAAGGUCCUUGAUACAAUGUCAGCGGGGGCAUUGAUUGACAGUGAUGAUGAUGAUGAAGAAGAUAUAGAGGAAAAGAGUAAAGAUAUAGAGGAACAGCACGAAACUGCAGGAGACGACAGUGAAUACAUGACUAUGAGAUCAGUCCAUGAGGUGUUAGAACAGAACCAACUGGAAGGGGAUGCAUACUUUCAGACAAAUACUUCCCAAGACUUGUAUACUGCUGCAGAUGAUACUGACAGUCCAGUAAAACAAAAACAGAAAAGCAUGCACUCUCCUCCUGAAAUGAAUGGACAUUGUACGUCUGCUGAGACUAAUAAGAGUGAGACACUCAAAUCCAUUGAGAAGGAGAUCUGCAUUAGCAAAAAUGACUUUCAAAAAAAUUUGAUCUUGACACAGAAAGAAGGAAAACCAUGUGUGUCUGAGUGUAAGCAGAUUGAGAUCUCACAGUUGUUUCAUAAGGAGGAUCAGAUCCUGACCUUCAAUGACAUGAAAGUAGAGACAGUGGAGGAAAUACAGAUGUUUUUUAAAAAACUUAACAAAGAUGAGGUAAAACUGACUAUUUUACGACAUCCCGGGUCUGAGCCGUUUGUACACUGAACCCUGUACAUCACACUGAGGACAUCACACAAAAUGAGACACUUCAUCAGUCAUUCAUUUAUUAAAAGUGUGCAUUAAGUUCAAUGGCUCUCAAAUGAGUAGUUUGUUUUUGUAUAAUGAUUUCUAAAAUAUGAAAUUGUGACUGUGAAGCAUAAAGCAGGACAUGAACAGUAGAUACCAAGUAAAAUAAGAAGGAUUGCAAUAGGAAAGUACUCAGUCCUUUUCUGUAUGUACAGUAAUCAUUGAAAUGUGCUAUGCAAUAUGAAGUAAGAUGUAUUGAUCCUAAAAUGUUACUAUGAGAUUAGUAAUGGGUAGUGUUUAUUUAUGUAAUCAUAAAACACAAAAUACUGUAACAUGUAGGCAAGUAUUAUAGUGACAUGCAUGAAUGUCAAUCCACUGUGAAAAUCUAUUUUAACUUCUUUCACUUCUUUAAAGGUGCAGUGUGUAAUUUUUAGAAAGAUCUCUUGACAGAAAUGCAAAAUAAUAUACAAACCUAUAUUAUCAGGGGUGUAUAAAGACCUUUUUAUAAUGAACCGUUAUGUUUUUGUUACCUUAGAAUGAGACGUUUUUAUCUACAGACACGAGGGUCCCCUUACAUGGAAGUCGCCAUUUUGUGCCGCCAUGUUUCUACAGAAACCCUUAACGGACAAACUUUUUUAUUUAGUUUUACUAGGCCGACCAAUACAUGUUUUCCAGGGCGGCUACCGUAGCUUCUCUGUAAGUUUCAAAAGUGAGGGGUGAGCAGUGGACUGAGCCGUUGGUUGCAAUUCGCAACCUCACCACGAGAUGCCUCACACUGCACCUUUAAGGCGUACACUGGGGCAAUUGUAUAACUUUUGUCAUUCUGUAUUUUGUUUAACAAAAAAUGUAACCAAUGACAUAUUGCCCUUGAUAAUGGCAUUUAUACUAAUUUUAUAUUAAUGUGCAGUUAUACUGUGUUAUUAAACGUUUAUAACACUAAAUAUUUUCACUAAAAUAAA